GAUUUCAGUUAUCACUGUCAAAAAUGCCUAUUUGAUGUGACUUGCCGAUGUAAUUAUUUCAUUAAAACAUUUUUGUAAACAUGGGUGGUUCGCAAAGCACUAGGAAACUGAGUGUUGAUAAUGAAAAUGCCAUACAAGUUUCUCAAGAAGCGGUAGAUCGGAUACAGGCUCAGAUUAACUCAAAACAAGCUGAACAGCCUCGGCAACCCCAAUUUGUACCGCCACCACCAUACUAUGAUAAUCAGAAACAACAAGAGUUUGCCGCCGAAGAAGCAUAUUGGGCAAGGCGCAUUGAAAAUUUAAAGCGAGCUCAUGAGAAAAUUAACAGCGGCAUGCAUAUAGAGUACCAAAAAACAUUAAAGGAAGCCAAUGAAUUGUUUGAUCUUGUACAUGCAGAUAAAGGUGUUACAAAGCUUGCACCAUGUCAAGAAGAAAAAGCAAAGGUGUUAGACUGCUACAGCUCAAACCCAAACAAAUCAUUGUUGUGUUCCGUGCUAGUGAAUCAAUUCAAUGACUGUGUGUGCAGAAGUAGAAUCACUGCCGUCUCAGCUUCCUCCUGAACUCCGUGCUACGAGCAGAGAUCCGAUAACAUAAUAUUUAUUCAAACUGCCAGUUGGCUCCUCUGUAGAUUUACUAAAUAUUACUUUAUGAAUAAAUUGUCAAUCUAA